AUUUGGAUAUCAGAUAAUUUAUUCUUUUAUUUUAUUUAUUUAUUAUCUAAUUUAUUUUUUCUUCUUGCUUUUACAUAUUUUCUAAAUUUUUUGCGAUGAUCUUUUAUUACUUACGUGGUUUUUAAAAGAGGAAAAAAAGAUGAACAUCUCUUCAAAUGUAAUUGGAGUGAAGUCCCUCAUAUGUCAAGUCUGAGUCAGAAAAGGAACUGCUUUGGGGGUUUAUUUCACUCCUACUCCCCUGAUGGGUCACAUGGUCGCUUUUUCCAGCAGAGUCUCUGGCUGGAUCCAAUUAUUAGGUUCAAGGAGUGUGUUGUGGGAGUGGCUUCGGGCACAGGCCAAGUGCAGGGGAGGCCUGACACAGGGCUUUUUAACGUACAGAGUGUCCCUGAUUCUUGAAUGGCCCAACUGGAAGCAUUUCAGUGCUGGAGGGAAAGAGCUGAGCGCUGGCUGUGUGAGCAGGGGAAGGAGACCGGGUGUUCUGAGGAGGCCCGGGGGCCACCUGCACCGCUGGGGCGUGGCGGCUCCCCUCGAGGUCGGAGCAUGCCCAGAGCAGAUGGCGCAGCUGGAGCAGCGGGCCCACGGGGUCAUCGUGAUGUCGGGCCAUGAGACCAUCCGGGUGCUGGAGGUUGGAGUGGAUGCCCAGUUCCCCGCUGAGGAGGAGGGCAAAGGACUGGAGGGUGUGGCCACCAAGGGGUCCCAGAGCAGAGGCCCUGCCAAAGCCAGUGAACCUGCUGGUGAAGCCGGGCCAGACAACCCCGACUCCCCUGCAGAGGCAACUGGGAAGUCACUCCCGGGGAUCCCUCCGAGCCCUGCCCCUGCCGUUGCCACCUUCAGCCAAGCCCCAAGCCAGCCUCAGGCCUCGCAGACCCUGACACCACUGGCUGUACAAGCUGCCCCCCAGGUCUUCACUCAGGAAAACUUAGCCACAGUUCUGACAGGAGUUGUGGUUCCAGCAGGGGCAGUUACUCAACCUCUUCUUAUCCCCAUCAGUAUUGCAGGUCAAGUGGCUGGUCAGCAGGGGCUGGCCGUGUGGACAAUUCCUACAGCAACCGUGGCUGCCCUCCCAGGACUGACCGCUGCUUCUCCCACGGGGGCAGUUUUCAAGCCACCUUUAGCCGGUCUCCAAGCAGCUGCCGUGCUGAACACCGCUCUCCCGGCACCCGUUCAAGCUGCCCCACCAGUACAGGCCUCCUCGCCCGCCCAGCCGCGGCCACCAGCUCAGCCCCAGACGCUGUUCCAGACCCAGCCGCUGCUGCAGACCACGCCUGCCAUUCUACCGCAGCCCACUGCUGCCACCGCUACUGCCCCCACCCCCAAGCCAGUGGACACCCCCUCACAGAUCACCGUCCAGCCUGCAGGCUUCGCAUUUAGCCCAGGAAUCAUCAGUGCUGCUUCCCUCGGGGGACAGACCCAGAUCCUGGGCUCCCUCACUACAACUCCGGUCAUUGCCAAUGCCAUUCCCAGCAUGCCGGGGAUCAGCAGUCAGAUCCUCACCAACGCUCAGGGACAGGUUAUCGGAACACUUCCGUGGGUAGUGAACUCGGCUAGCGUGGCAGCCCCAGCACCAGCCCAGAGCCUGCAGGUCCAGGCUGUGACCCCCCAGCUACUGUUGAACGCCCAAGGCCAGGUGAUCGCAACCCUGGCCAGCAGCCCCCUGCCUCCGCCUGUGGCUGUCCGGAAGCCAAGCACACCUGAGACCCCUGCUAAGAGUGAGGUGCAGCCCAUCCAGCCCACACCAGCCGUGCCGCAGCCUGCUGUGGUCAUCGCCAGCCCAGCUCCAGCGGCCAAGCCAUCUGCCUCUGCUCCCAUCCCAAUUACCUGCUCAGAGACCCCUACGGUCAGCCAAUUGGUGUCCAAGCCACAUACCCCGAGUCUGGAUGAGGAUGGGAUCAACUUAGAAGAGAUCCGGGAGUUUGCCAAGAACUUUAAGAUCCGGCGGCUAUCCCUGGGCCUCACACAGACCCAGGUGGGUCAGGCUCUGACGGCGACGGAAGGCCCAGCCUACAGCCAGUCAGCCAUCUGCCGGUUCGAGAAGCUGGACAUCACGCCCAAGAGUGCCCAGAAGCUGAAGCCGGUGCUGGAGAAGUGGCUGAAUGAAGCCGAACUCCGGAACCAGGAAGGCCAGCAGAACCUGAUGGAGUUUGUGGGAGGCGAGCCCUCCAAGAAACGCAAACGCCGCACCUCCUUCACCCCCCAGGCCAUAGAGGCUCUCAACGCCUACUUCGAGAAGAACCCGCUGCCCACAGGCCAGGAGAUCACCGAGAUUGCUAAGGAGCUCAACUACGACCGGGAGGUCGUGCGGGUCUGGUUCUGCAAUCGGCGUCAGACGCUCAAGAACACCAGCAAGCUGAACGUCUUUCAGAUCCCCUGAGGCUCGGCCCCCAGCCCUGUGUUCCGGCACUUUGUCCUUUUCCCUUGGCACGUGCUGCUGCCACAGCACCUGUCAUUCUGCCCUGUGUGGCUGUGCUUGUCCCGGGUCACGAGACUCCACUUGUGCAUGUGCGUCAGCUGCGUCCCUCCUCUUUCCCGCGUAUCUCACAUCCCGGGGAGGGCCGAGGGCCUGCCGAGAGCUCCAGGCCCGGGGCUGGUCACACCGAGGGAGGGGAUUUGUGGUGUCACUUAAAGAAGCACUUUGCUACUGUGGUUUUUGAAGGGUGAAUUCUGGUUGGGAACCAGAAGCUCCCCAUCUUUGCGGCAGGGCUGCAGUGGCCCCUAAGGACCGCUGGCCCUUAGCUCUUGUUUUCGAUGGCAUUCUGUCUCCACCCUGUCUUCUCCUUUGCUCCUCUGUGUGAGUGUGGCAGGUAUCGCAGCUCGUCCAGUGGAACCACAGCCUCACCCCCCGCCCCAUUGCCUGCAGGCACAUCGUCCCCUGAAAGCACCCAAGAGACACAAAUUCUAAAAAGUGUGAUGUGCUGCUCAGAAGGUCAGACUCAGUGUCUGCCUUGACCUCAAGGUCAAGAAGGUUCCCACAGCCCUGGGGCCAGAAUAUGUGAUCUCCUCUCCCACAUCUCCCUGGUUCCUUUGGGGGGAAAAUUGCACUAAAGCAGAAGCUUUUCUUUUGUAAUCCCUAUCGGAAGGAAGCAACAAUGAACUCGAGCUGUCCCAGAGUUGACCUGGGUCUGCAGCAGGUGGGGAACUUAGUAAAGAAGGCCAUCCUCCCAGAUUUUAAUCCAGUCUCUCUGUCCAUGGCCAUCUCCCCACAAAACAGUGUGGUGAAAAGAACUUGCUGCCUGGAAAAUCCCACUGCCCAACUAAGCAGGCACUCUAGAGAAAAAUGAAAAGAAUGCUGACUCUCUUUCUCUGGUCCUCUCACUCACCCCAUCCGAGUACUGGGGCCUUCUCAGAAGGAGCAAAUUAAACUAUAAACCAGACAGCAAGGCCUGGGAGGAAAGGCCAACAUCCAGAAAGAGCUGAUGGCAGCCCAGGAAAGUGUCUUGUGGAAGGUGACUUAACUCUAAUUUUCUUUGUAACUUUAAGCCUUGGAUACUGGAGGAGAAAUCUUAUUUUGUCCAGAGUCUGAGACCAUGUGUUUGUGUAAGCAAUCCCCCCACUGCUCCCCUGAGUCAAGAAUACCCCUGGAGCAGGAUGGAUACCUCUAGAGAGAGUAGCUAUGGUACCUCAGGGGUUGGCAUCUCAUCUGAGCUGCUAAGUGAGUUUCCCAGCCUCCCUAUGACUGGACAGCCCCUGGAACUCAAUACGUGACUCCAGGAGGUCAGGAGAGCACUGAGAGGUUUGCUUAGAUGAGCCCAGACUUGCUGUGUAGACCAAUCGUAAAGGGCCACAAGUCACGGGUCAGCCACUCCCUCUCUUCACUCCUCUUGUCCUUACAGAGCCAGGUCUCCAGGCACUGCCCUCCACUGCACCUCAUGUGAUACAUCCUGAGGAAGUGACUGCCAGGCGAGGGCAUGUCACCACCUCUGUCAGUCACUGGUGCAGAGCCACUUCCUAGCCUAGCUUCCCCUGGCAUGCUGUGCUUCCUUUCCUGCCUACAGCUGGUCCCUCUCAAGCCCUACAAUGCCAGCAUGGCCACCCUCUUGGUAGCCCUGCAGGUGAGAGGACAGUUGUGCAUCAAGUUGCCACACACACACACACUCUCCUGCAUUGGGACCGCCCAAACCUGCCAGAGUGUGGCAGGGGUGGUGAGGAAGCUGGUGGGCACUGUGCCUGCCCCAGCCCUCCAGGAGAGAAU